CUUUCCAUUUCGAUAGCGCUUUCCGAAGCUUAAAACAAUGGAAGUAUUCGCAGUUUGUGAUACAGUGAAGAAGGAUAAUUGAUCGUUCCUCUCUCCACUCUCAGUCACCGAACCCUAAUUUCCCGAGGAAAUUAAUUCCAGGAGGCGUUGCAGAAAUCAGCAAUGCUUCAGUUGUUCCUAUGCGAGCCCACCGGAGGUGGCAAAAAUGCAAACAACGAAUCUUAUAAGCGGAGAAUAUCUCUUCUUGAUGAGUUAGAGUUAGUCAUCUGGUCGCUGAUGUCAUCACAAGGCCGAUCCGAAGCUCGGCUAUGGCUUUGUGACACUCUUUCAGGCAUAAGGUCCAUUAGCCCACGCCGCCAACGAGACCUGUUUGUGAGCCUAUUGAGAUCCAAGCCAAUUAAGCGGCACUUAGCAUCACAGCUUUUGCAGCUGAUCUUCGACAAGCAACCGCAAAAAAUGGGGCCGAUAAUAGCAAAGAAAAGCCACAAGCUGGAGAAUUUCUUCAAAGGAAAUCCAAGGCGUAUUUUGGAGUGGUUCUCUAAUUUUGCUGGUAGUGGUGUCUUAGAUCAUGGAAAUGGUGCUAAGGCACUGUCCCAAUUUGCUUUCGUAAACCGAGAUAUUUGCUGGGAGGAGCUUGAGUGGAAAGGUAAACACGGGCAGUCGCCUGCCAUGGUUGCCACAAAGCCCCAUUAUUUCCUUGAUUUAGAUGUCGAACGGACAGUUGAGAAUUUCCUCGAGUAUGUGCCUGAAUUUUGGUCAUCCAGUGAGUUUUCCGAGUCGUUAAAGGAUGGGAGUAUUUUGUUAGUUGAUACAAAAUACUUUGUCAAUUUGUUUACGGACUUGAUGUAUAAGGAUGAACUAGAAGAAGUAUGGGAAGUUAUAGAGGAAUUCCUCAUGGAGCAAUCUUUCUCAUUCUUAUGCCGUCACCUUCUAAUCAUUCUCGAAGAGCAGGAGUUGCAUCUUCUUCUAGAUUUAUUACCAAAGUAUCUUAAACUCAAGUCAGAUUCAGUUGGGUUUGGCAAUUCAUCGGAAUGGCUUGAGAUUAUACUAUCAAAAUACAGUGGUUCCAGUACCAAAGAUGAGCUACUUCUACUCAAUGCAGUGACUAAUCAAAGGCGGCAGCUCUUGCGGCUUGUGCAGGAAGAAGGCAGUGUGGAAGACAAAGAAAAGAUAAAGAAUUUGGUUUCUCAACUUUGUGAAUCGGCAAGCUGUGCGAACGAUUUUGUGUCAAUAAUGGAAGAAAGCCUAAAAAAGAAAUCAUUGGAAUUCAUAAAAUGUUUGGGUUUGCAAUCAUGGGCUAUAUAUUUUAAUCUAUCAGAGGAGUUUCGAACCCCCGAGUCAUGGGAAUCUCUACUUAUCGGUAAUGGAAUAAAGUUUCGUAAGUGUGACAAAUAUGCGUUGGUGCACGAUGAUGAACGUUCGGAAGAAUCUGGAUCUGAUUAUGAGGGAAGGUCUUCGUUGCGCGUGAAACGCAGGAAGCAUAAGAAACAUAAGAAGAAAAGAAGACGGAAUCUUGAUCUUGAUGCAGAUGAGGAUGAAUUGAUCGAUUAUAGCUUAUCGAGUAACAAGCUAGAUAUGCAUGUCAAGAUGGUUGAUUGGUUGCUCUCUACCGAUGGCUAUACUACCACAUGGAGCAGUGUGGAUCUGCCAGAACACCUUGCUAAGCAUUGCUAUAUUACGUGGUUGAAAUGGGUGUUUGGCAAGUGGGGGUGGUGUCUCGAUUCUUAGUACCUCAAGACAAUUCGUCACAAGUUUCAAGUGCAAAAAACCUUCAUGUAUUUCAUGUAGUUCUUGAUGGAAGUAUUUUGAGGUUAGUAUGAAAAUUUGAUGCCCUGUUUCACUUCCACCACCUCUUGGAAAUUGGUGGCGAUAUCGCGUAUCUGACUAAGAUGGACGAUUAUUAUUUGCCAGCAAAGAACUCAUGGUUGAGAGCAAUUGUAGAUAUUUCGUGGUCUGAUGCAUAUAAACUCAAGAGUGGAAAUCCCGUUAUCACAGAGAACCCUGUGCAGGUGCAGUCCUUUCUUUUUUUCCUUCCUCGAUUUGGUUUAUUGAAUGCAGUGUCGUUGGAAUACUGAUAGAAUCAUGAUUUGUACCUACUAAUCAACAGAGCUUAACCGGGGCUAACAUCUACACUGCCACUGCUGAUUUGCCUUCUACAAUUACGAGGAUAGGCUGGAGUGGUUUUGAAAUGAACAUUAAAUAAUAAAAUUCAACUACUACACCGUUCAUCAUCGAUUAUAUAAAUAAUACAUUACAUUGAUGA